AUGGAUGCAGAAGGGCGAGGCACCCAUCCUGCUAGUCCGGCAGGAUACUGGUGGGAGGGCGGGACCAGGAGGGGCGGGGCUUCCAGAACAAAGGAGAAUGGGGAGCCCUGGGGGCCCAGGCUCGGCAUCAAAAAGCCUGUGCAGAGCGAGCAAGCCACACAGUGCCUGCCUCCGCGCCCAGCAGCCAGCCAGCCAGCCAGCCAGGCCCCUCUAUUCUGCUUGCCCGCACCGGGCGAGUGCGCACCCCUGCUCAGAGAGGCCCUGCUCUCCAGCGUGAUUGCGCCCACACUGCUCUGUGGCUUGUUCUACCUGGCGUGGGUCGCCGCUGAAGUUCCAGAAGCCAGCAGAGGGAUGGCCGCCAGCAGAGCCAGGAGCCAGGAAGGCCGCCGGGCGCGCACUUUCCUCCCAGAGCCUUUUGACGGAGCCAAUGUAGCCCCGAGCCUCUGGCUGCACCGCUUCGAGGUCAUCAGCGACCUCAACGAGUGGGACCAUGCCACCAAGCUCAGGUUCCUGAAGGAGGCCCUCAGGGGAGACGCCCUGGAGGUCUACAGUGGACUUGGUGCCCAGGACCAGGGGGACUAUGGGGCUGCGCGAGAGGCCCUCCUGCAGGCCUUCGGGGGCCCCGGGGCCGCCUCCGGCCCCCGGCCCAAGGAGAUCGUGUUCGCCAACAGCAUGGGUAAGGGCUACUACCUCAAGGGGAAGAUUGGCAAAGUGCCCGUGAGGUUCUUGGUGGACUCCGGGGCCCAGGUGUCCGUGGUGCACCCCAGCUUGUGGGAGGAAGUCACCGACGGCGACUUGGACACCCUGCGGCCCUUUGAGAAUGUGGUGAAGGUGGCCAAUGGGGCAGAAAUGAAGAUCCUGGGCGUGUGGGACACGGUGGUGUCCCUGGGCAAGCUGAAGCUGAAGGCCGAGUUCCUGGUGGCCAACGCGAGCGCGGAGGAAGCCAUCAUCGGCACGGACGUGCUACAGGACCACAAUGCCGUCCUGGACUUUGAGCAUCGCACCUGCACCCUGAAGGGGAAGAAGUUCCGCCUCCUGCCCGUCGGGGGGUCUCUGGAAGACGAAUUCGACCUGGAGCUCAUAGAGGAGGAGCCCUCCUCCGAGCAGGAGCUCUCCUAUUGAGAAGCCCCUCUUCCCGCCCAGGCCCGGUGUGUGUGUGUGUGUGGGGGGGGGGGAUCACAUUCUCAGGGGGAGUGUCUGGGCUUAGCUGGUCCUGCACAACC